AUGUUACUUGGAGACUCGGGCGUGGGGAAAACCUGCUUCCUGCUCCAGUUCAAAGACGGGGCCUUUCUCUCCGGGACGUUCAUAGCCACCGUGGGCAUAGAUUUCCGGAACAAAGUGGUGGCUGUGGAUGGUGUGAAGGUGAAGUUGCAGAUCUGGGACACGGCAGGACAGGAACGUUUCCGCAGCGUCACCCACGCCUACUACAGGGAUGCUCAAGCCCUGCUCCUGCUCUACGACAUCACCAGCAAGAUGUCCUUCGACAACAUCCGUGCCUGGCUGACGGAGAUCCACGAGUAUGCCCAGAAGGACGUGGUCAUCAUGCUGCUGGGCAAUAAG